CAUUAUCUCUCCGUUGUUUAUAUUCGAUUGUCUUUAUUCCAACCGAUGUCUUUAUUUUCGCUCUUUUUAGUCAUUUAAACACCUGAAUCUUAGACUUUAGACCAACGGGAAAAUUCCUUGUAAAUAUUUGGUGAAAGUAUCAAGAAAUAAAUGAUGGCUCUCAUACAGACGAAAUUGGCAUUGAAGAUGCAUUUUCUGAGCUGAGAAUGUUAUAUAACACAGCAAGAAGUAAGGAAAAGAUUAUUCAACUUAUAUUUCAAGAAAUACUAAAUAUAGUGUUACUAGUUGGUCCCAAUGCUUGCUAACACAUCAAGUACCCAAGAAACAAGUACCCAAGACACAAAACCAGAUAUCAACUCACUAAAGAAUGUUAGCGUCAAAGAGAUUAGUUGCACAGACCAAGCCACCUCACAAGACACAGCAGAUGGUCAAAACGAAAAUGGAAAGAAGCUUUCUUUAGACACAAUAUUAAAACAGGUUAUCAAGACAGAACCUGGUGAAGAGCAACACGAAAGGAAGAAGAGUAAAAUUUCUGUUAGUGAAUAUUUACAAACUACAGUAACUCAUCAAAGUUCAGGUACUGGAAGUGUUUUAGAGGGAAAGAACAGCCUAGAAAAAACAGUCGAAAAUGAUACCAAGAAUAAUCCUAUUCAUGGUACUCUUCAGCAGCCUAUCCAACAGCAGUUUAUUCAACAGACACAACAUAUUUCAGUGCCGUAUGUCCAGUUACAGCAGGGAGUAACCAGUUAUAUACCUGUUAAUGGAUCACAAGGAGUUUUACCUGGGGUAAUCCCAUUCACUGGGCCUGUUGUUGUCGUUGGAGGUCCUGGCCCUUUGCAAACUUAUAAAACAGUUUUACCACAGGGAACCCAGCUGAUUACCUCAACUACCGCUGGAACGACAAGGAUUAUUCCAGCUAAUCCAGGAUCUACACAGGUUGGUUCUAUUCCUGACGUCCAUGGAAAGACAGCAGUGGAUAAUGUGGCUAUGACUCUACCAAGCUCUUCUGUUGCAACAACUCUAAAUCAAAAUGCUUCUCGGCUUUUAACUGUUGUUGUUCAUAAUAACAAAGAUGUGCCUUCUAGUGAGGAAGAGCAGGGAAGAGACCAACAAGGUUUAGAUAAAGAAAUGCCAAUCACCACAGAUUAUCUUAUUUCUUUGGAUGACAAUACACCAGAUGAGUUAUCAAACUUUGCAAAACAAUUCCGCCAGCGACGAGUGGCAUUGGGCUUUACUCAAGCAGAUGUUGGGGUUGCGCUUGGAGAUUUUGCACACAACAAUCUUAGCCAGACUACCAUAUGUAGAUUUGAAGCUUUGCAAUUAAGCUUGAGAAACAUGUUAAAACUGAAGCCUUUACUUGAAAAAUGGCUGCAGUCAAUUGACAAGGAAUCAAAUCCCUCAAAAGAUGAAGAGAAAAAUGAGACAAUGAAUGAUCAAAUGUUACCAAAUCAAAAUGGUUCUUACAAGAAACGCAAACGGAGAACCAUCAUAGAAAAAACUGUUAAAAGUGCUUUAGAAAAUUACUUUGAAAGGCAACCUCGCCCCUCAUCAAGUGAUAUAAGCUCAAUUUCUGAGAGCCUCAAUCUUGAGAGAGAAGUUGUGCGGGUGUGGUUUUGCAACAGACGCCAGAAAGAGCGCCGUGUAAGUUCCUCUUCAGUACCUUUACUGUCCAAUGAAGAGGAAGAUGGUGAUAAUAGUUUUGUUGAAGUCAAAAUGGAAGAGCAUGAAUCAUCCAGUUAGCCUUCCUGUUGGUGCACAUUUUUUCUCUUGCCAUGGUACAAUGGCUAACUCUCAUGUUAUGUUUUCGAUGCAGCAAGUUCCUGCACUAAACCAUUUUCCUGUACUUUGAUUUUUUUUCUUUUUCCUUUUGUGUAGAAUUCUCCAACUUCAAAGUGUUUACCUCCCCUAUAAACAGUGGCGUUUUUUGUUGGCUGUGUUUGGUUCAAUAAUCAACUCUGUGGUCUUCAAACCUUCACAUUUUGUCAACCCUGAAAUAACCUCAGAGUUGAUGAAAGUCAUGGCAUGGCUAACUCUUAGAUUAAAUUGGAAUUUAGCUUGUUUUGCGGAAGGAGGAAAACCAGAGAAUCCGUAGAAAAACCCUUGAAUCAAGGGAGAGACCUAACAAACUCUACUGUGGAAGAAGGAAAAAACUAGAUUAUCUUUUGAUUGAUGGAAUCCAUUAAAAAAAGGAAACAAAAAUUUGUUAGAAGUUGCAGAAAAUUCAUAAGUUCCUUUAUGUCUAUAGUAUCCAUAAGAACUGUGAGUCCUUAGAUGAUAUGGGACUUCGAAAAAGAUAUGAUUAAGACUGAAAAAUAUUAUCUCAGUAAAUAUUCUUAAAACUUUUUCUUAAAACAUUAUUAGCAUGCAGCAAGAAUGUUAGUGCUUGCGUGCGUACUUCAUAUGCUGUAUAUAUUAGCUAGUAGAAAAGUUAUUUACAUGAUAGUUCAAAGAAUUAGGAAAAUAGUUCGAAAUAGAACCUAUCAGGUAAUAAUAUAAAAAGGGAUAGGUCUAUUAGCAUCAAAUUAUUACAUUACAUCUCUGUGUGACCAUGAAACAAUUUUUGGAGCUUUGUAUACAGGGCUUUUCACAGGAAAAAAAAAAGGAUUCCCAAAUUCUCAUCCAAUUUCCCAGAGAGAACGAAAUUGGGAACAUGACACUGAUUCCCAAUAUCAGUUUGUUGUUUUGUUUUUCUAUUGGGUAUUAGAAGGAAAUUCCCAACAAUAAAUCCCAAUGUUGGUGUUCAAAUUGGGAAUUUAAGGAAAUUCCCAACAAUUCCCAAUUUGAGAAUCCAGUUUUUUUUCCUGUGUUUAGAAGUAGCCAGCAGCUACUUGGAUAGCUACUUUUUUUCCUAUUAAAAACGCUAUUAUUUAUCUAUCGGAUCACAGCCAGCUACUUCAGACGUAUGACCAUCCUCUCCAAAACAUUCUGAAAGUCCUGCUACAAGGUGUAGUCCUGGCUCAUUAACCUCAUUGUAUUCAGACUUCAAACUACAUUUCCAAGUUUCCAAUCAUUUUCAUAAAGCAUGAAUGAUAUAGUAUCAUUAAUUGCCCUUUGUGACAAAGAUUUUGUCUGGAUUACCAUUGAUAUUUUCAUAUUGUCUUUCAUAGGUUUUAAAAACCUAUUGUGGCCAUGAUUCCCUUUGUUAGAUUGAAAAUUUACUUUCUUCCAAGUAGCUGUCAGUUUUGACCAUAUUUUAUGACGUCAUAAAUAAAUUAUAAUUCAUAGUAAAAAAUUCUAUUGAGCUGUAUUAUUAGCUUUGCCUUCGGCUACCAAAUUUGUGUUAUAAAUUAAUAUAUUAUAUGAAACAGAACAUAGAGGCAACCAAACUAUAAUAUUAUAUACUUCCAAAGCCAGUAAUAAACAAUAUUGCUUGAGCACCAA